UCAUAAAACGUCUAUCAGAAGAGGUAUUUAAUAUCAUAUUGGGUAAAGUGACUUAACAAUUUGAAAAAAACAGGAUUGUUUUUGUAAUUAUGUCCUGACCAAAACUUGUAAGUCUGCCUAUGGCUAAUGGAAUGGAAGCUAUUUCACUCCUGCAUUUAUGUAUGUAUGUCUGUGUAGCUAUAAGAUGCAAAUUGGUUCAACAGUUACCUCUAGAGAGCUCUCUGGUUACUUAGCUCUGAUUCCAGCAUAUUGCCUAGUAUGGCUUGGUAUCCUGUACGUGUUAGGUGUGAGGGACUUCUGUGGUGUGUUUCCCCAACACUGCGCUUCUCCCAAAGAUAAGAUGAAUACAAAAAAAUAGUUAGAAAUGACCCAGCUUUUGUAAUUUAACUUUGUAAGUUCAUCUUGAGAAUUAAUGUUUUCUGUACUGUACAUUUUAUACUUCAAUGUCUUACUCUUCACUUUGGUGUUCUCAGAACACAUGCAAGUGGCAAAAAAAAAAAAAAAAAAGUGCUGUCUUGCAUCGUGAAAGAUGAUGUUGUAACUCGAACUCCUCCUUGAGAAGUUCUGGUGGUUUGAUAAUGUGAGUUUGGAAUUUGUUUUGAAUGAUCUAGAUUACCGGCCCCUAAUUCAUGCUACCAGUGGCAUCUAUGAAACCAUUUCCUGGGUUUAGGGAAUCAGUCUCUAACUGGGAAAUUUUCCUCUGGGGAAAAUAAUUUAGAACAAAGUUCUUGGGGUCAAUAGUGAGUGCUCUAUACCAUAUGCAUGAAGACAAGAGUGGAGGGUUACUUCCAACUGAGUUCCACAAAGCGUGGAAUUAGAAUAUUCUUUAUCCUCCCCUACACAUUCUCUGAAGGAGAAGAGGGGAAGGAGUAACUCAAGGAAAGAAGUAUUAGUAGAGGGCUCCCAGAAAUUCUUUGGAACUGUCCUCUUGUCCAGUCUAGUCCAAAUACGCCUAAAUAUAUCUACAUCAUCAGAUGUGGAAUUGUGAAAAGAAAAUGUAACUGGUCACAAGACACUGUUUCUCUGGUCUCCCCAACCCUCAACCCUGAAUUUAGUCUUGCUUGGAGGACCUACUGGAGCUCCUGGUCCUCGGUGGACCUUCCCUGACAAUUAACAGUCCUCGCUGAGGCCCCACCCCCACUUCUAUUUCUCCCCAGUUUAACAGUUUAUUAUAUACUGUCUUGAGUGGUAAGUAAUGUGUGUUCACAUUGUGUGACCACCUAGAUUAUACAUAUGGAGGGUAGAAUGAAUGACCUUGGGUGCUGAACAUCUAGCAGGUAUUUAAAUAAGUGUGUGAGCACCAAGCUUUGAUCUAACUCAGGAGCUGGUCCACUCACUAUUUGAUGAGAAGCGCCAACCCUCCACUCACCACAAGGCCCUCCAAGAGUCUAAGGGAAACCCAAGGGGAAGGUGAGAGUGCACGUGGGACUCUCCAAGACAGUCGUCCCACAUGCCAGAGGCCACCCAGGCCUAUCUCCGUUUGGAAAAUCAGAGCCUACAAUUUGGUAUCAGACCAGGCUGUUUCCCCUGACCAAGAUGGGCAUGAAAACUGGGCGGCCCUGUGGGGCUGCUUGGGGAGGGGGAGGGGGUAAGGAGCGCUUUGUCCCUCCUGCCCUAUAGGGAAGAGAAACUUCUCAGGAAUCUGUGUGUGGGUCUCCAGGGCCUCUUCCCCGCAGAGACCCGCCCUCGGCCCCUGCUCGUGGCUUCCUCCCCUCCCCCACCCCGCCCCUCCUCCACUCCACCCCACCUCGCGCGCGCCCCGCCCCCUCCGCCACGGGGUUCCAAGGGCGGUUGGCCAGCCACGGCCACGGUCACUCGGCCACUCGGAGCUGCGGGGCGCACGGGGUGGAGAAAGCCGGCUUUAGGGUUUGGGCUGGGAACUGAAGAGAAGUUUUCUGGGGCGGAAAGGAAGUGGGAGUGAGAAGGAAGGGACUGAGUCCACACAUCAGAUACAGUCCUUUUAAGUGCCCAUUUAGGACGGUUGCAGAGCAAGCAGCUUUUAGUGGGACAGGACAAGAACCACCCCAAACCUGAGGUUUUGACUGUUCCUAUCUCGUGGCCGAGGCUUGGACGGGUCCCGAAGCCUGUGAGACCGUAGAAGCGGGCUUCAGCUAGCCCGCAGGCACGCGCUGGACCCUAGCAUCUCUCCAGGAACCAAAGGGCUUCUGGCGGCGGCGGUUGCCCGCGGGACGGUUCUUUGCAGGGCGGGGCUGGGAGAAGAGCGAGGGAACUCAAGAGAAGCGUCCAGAGUUGCCAUGGAAACGGGGGCCUGCGGAAGGCUUCCCAGCCACCGGGAGUCCCGUGAAAUUUGCCCCCAGGGACUACUGGUGUUCACCGGAUCUUCAGAACAGGACUCCACCUUGGCCAAGCAGUUCUGGACCGCAGCGUCCCUGUACCCCCCUAACGAAUCGCAGCUGGUGCUGCCCCGAGGUAGCAGUCAGCGCCUGCCGGUGGCCCGGCCCUCUAGGCGCCGUCCGCGGGAGACUAUAAAUGUCACUGCUGAAACCAGAAAGAUUGAGGAAUCUGAGGAGAAAAAAAAGUAUCUCCAAAAGCAGGCUAAAAGGAGAGAUGAGAUUCUCCAACUCCUAAGAAAACAAAGAGAAGAAAGGAUCUCGAAAGAACUGGUUUCCCUUCCUUAUAAGCCAAAGGCCAAAGUACACAAAGCAAAAUUCAUGUUACUGCCAACAGGAAAGUGAUGUCAGAGUCAGAUAAGGAAGACCAAGAGGAGGUCAAAGCCUUGGACUAACGUGAUCAAUGCAAGGGUGAGGAUGGCUUACUUAGAUACUGACUUUUGAAACAACCUUCUCUAAUAAUCAGGACCCUUGGGAUCACUUUGUUAAAACAAAGAAAUAAAAGUUAAAUAUGCAGACUUCUAGGAAUUUUACCAGUUACUGAAUACUUGCAUCUACUUUGCUUGGUGGGUACUGCUGGAUGUGACGCCACACAAUCCUCUCUCUCAUAUCCCAAUUCUGAAACCCCCAUUUAUCUUAUUUUCUUGGGCAGGGUAUGUCCAGAACUACUGUAUUUGAUCUAUAUUAUGAGUAGCAGAUAAAAUGGGGGUUUUAUAUGCCCCAACAGGAGUUUUAUAUGCCCCAACUUGAGACAGUUAUUAAAAAAUCCUGAAAACACUAAAGUCUUCUCGCUGUAAAAAAAAAAAAAAAAAAAA